AUGGCGCUCGCCUACCUGGCUUCCUGGCUGCCCAGCGUCGGCGGUGGCGGCGCAUCGAGCUCGCCGCGGCCAGCAACCGGGUCGCCCUCGAAGCAGCUCAGCGAGGAGCAGCUCCACGCCCUGCACGCCCAAUGGCUGCGCAUGCAGUCCUCGCACCAAGCCGAGGCGCUCGACCUCAUGGGCCGUCUCGUCGCCGAGAACAACGAGCUCAAGGAGCGCCUCGACAAGGCGCAGCGUGACCUCAAGGACGUCAGUGCGGGGCGCAAGGCGGAUGAGGCGGAGCUGAGGCGGGCAGAGAAGGAGAUCCAGCGGCUGACGGGAGGGAACACGGGUACGGCCCUCGAGAACGACUCGUUCGACCCGACUCUACUGACGAGCCAUACCCAGUUCGCGCCCGAGAUCUUUCAUCAACACCACGCCGCGCAAGCCGCCGUCGAGGCCAUCCGGAACAAGCUGCUCGAGAGCGUGUCGUCGCUGCCGCCGGCGCAGAGCGACAGGUCGUGGCGCAGCGUCGUCCUCAUCUUCUGGCGCCGGAACCCGCACUUUGUUCAGCAGCUCGUCGCGCACGGCUUCUUCAACUCGCCUCGCGAAUUCGACGACUUUAUCAUAGCCUUCAAUCGCGCCGACCCGCUGUUCAUGAUCGUCGUCGAGCAGGGCAACUCGAGCGAGCAGGCCCUCCAGCGCGAGCGCGCGUUCGCCAUGCUCUUCGCCCAGCACCCUCUCUGCUACCGGCUCGUCCUCGGUCGAUGGGCGUAUGACCUGCACCUCGCCGAGCUCCUCGCGCCGACCAACGUCAAGGACCGCACGGUCGCCGCCGCCUUUCCGACCAAGAUCGUCUUCCUCGAGCCGCACAUUGGCGCCUUCCUCCCGGCCCAGCUCCUCCGCCGAGAGCCGCAAAUGCUCGCGCCCGACGGUCUCCUGCGGCGUCACGUCCUGACGGACGCACGUGCUCUCAAGCCUCGCGAGGUCGACUACGCUCGACCCUUGUGGCAGCAAGACCCGCCCAUCUGCCUCGACCACUACCUCGCCCCUGCGCGCUGCCACGACGAGCGCUGCGCCUUCUCGCACCAGUACCGCAUCCCGCCCGACGUCCUCGAGGCGCUCCGGUUCGAGGUCUCGCGCACGCCAUGCCCGCUCGUCCUCGCCGGCUACGAGUGCGUCGAGGCGUCGAGGUGCCACUUUGCGCACGUGUGCCCGCGAGGCUCGAGAUGCGGCGACCGAGCGUGCCCGUUCACGGCGCCGAGCAUGCACCCGCCGCCGCCAAUCCGGGCGCAUACGGCACCAGCACCUCGACUCACGCCGCCAAGAGCCGUCGCGUCUCCCAAGCCUUCAGCGGCCGGCCUCGCUCGUGAAGCGGUGGGCGCGCCAUCGUCCACCCGCUCGGCCCUCGCACGCCUCCUCGCCGCCGGUGCAGCAUCGCCCGUCCUCGCUACGCCCGAGCUACAUCCACCGCCGAGCCGCCCGUACGCCUCGCCGUCCCGGCGCUCUCCUGCGCCCAAGCACCACCUCCUGCCCGCCUCCCCCUCCCGGCGCUCUCCUGCGCCCAAGCACCACCUCCUGCCCGCCUCCCCCUUCGGCCACCCGCUCUCGCUCGCCGACGACACGCAGGCCGCGGCGCCCCCACCCUCCGUCACCGACGCCGUCGACCUGACCGACGAGGAGCUCGCGCGACUGCUCGACCGAGCGAGGCAGGAGGAGGAGGAAUACGAGCGGGGCCUGCAGGAGGACCCGUUCUCGGCGCCGACGGAGCUGGGCGCAGCGUCGCCAAGGUUGCCAGAGGGCGGCAGCCGGAAGGGCGCAGCUCUGGCGGGCGCGGCGAGGGGCAACGGGCGAGCUCUGUGGGACGCGGCGUGGUCGGCGAGGGGGAGCCAGGCGGCGGUCUGA